UCGUCGGUCGUACUCUGUGUCGUACUACUCUCACAUUCACAAGUCGCGUGUUGAAAGUGGGAACUCGAGACUACAAUUUGAUAAAAUUUCGGAUAGAAAUUGAGAAAUGUGAAUAAACAGUGUGUGAUUACGAACAAUAACAUCAAAAUGUAUCGGAAGUUGAUGUGGUGUUACGUUUUCGUAUUGACUUUAUUAGAUUUAUCGCUCAACAGCAAACUGACAGCCCAGGGAAAGAGCCAUGGUGUGACAGUCCAUGAUUCGUUGGUGGAGGGCAUCACAUUUCAGGAAUGGGGCUCGGAGACGGGCGCUGGCGCUGGCGCUGGCGCUGGUGACGGCGCGGAGGGCGGGUCGGGGCGCGCGCUGCCGCCGGCGGCGCUGCGCGCGUCGCCGCCCGCGCUGGCGCUGGGCCGCGCCGCGCUGGGCGCCGCGCACGCCGCCACCGUCACGCUCACCAACACCGCCAACACCACCAUGCACCUCGCCUCCAUCGCCGGCACCACGCCCGACUUCCACGCUUCCUUCUUUGACUCCAAGACAUUGGCGUGUGGAGCCAACACGUCGUUCAGCGUGGUGUUCCUGGGGCGGCGCGAGGGGCCCGUCUCGCAGCACCUUUACAUCCACACCUCGCUCGGCGUGCUCAAGUACCCGGUGUCGGCGAUAGGUGUGGCGAGCGAGUGGGCGCUGUGGCCCAUGGUCGGGGUGCGCGUGCCGCACAACGCCACGCUGCGCCCGCUGCUGCACAUGCACAACCCCACCGACCAGCCCGUGCAGGUGAUGGAGAUGUACUCGUCGGCGGCGUGGCUGGGGCUGCAGCUGCCCGGGGGCGGGGCGUCGGCGCCGCGGGAGCACUGGACGCUGCCGCCGCACUCCACGCGCCCGCUCGUGCGCCUGCGCCCGCGGCCCGGCAAGGACAGCACCGCCUACAUACGAAUAAAAGCGAACGUGACGGGCGCGCCGAUGGUGGUGGUGGUGGAGGCGGCGGCGACGGCGGCCGGCGUGUACGCCGAGCCCCUGCAGCUGCGCGCCGGCACGCGCGGCGCCGCCGACAACCCUUACACGUUCUCGAUCUCGCUGGGCAACAGCGACGCGGCGCCGUGGGGCGUGGCGGGCGGCGCGGCGGGCGCCUGCAGCCGCGCGCCGCACGCGCCGCCCGCGCCCCCAGCGCCAGCGGCCGACCACGCGCCGCUCGUCGCCAAUGGACACCACAACGGUGGUGCGGAAGGCGUGCAGCUGUCGGUGCUGCGCGCGCAGCUGGAGCCGCACCUGGAGCCCGAGCGCGCCGCGCAGCUCACGCUCGACUUCGCCAAGCUGUGGGCGGGCGCGGAGGCGGGCGCGGACGCGGAGGCGGGCGCGGGGGAGGAGCGCUGGUGCGCGGGCUGGGCGGGGCUGGCGGGCGCGGCGCUGCCCUACAGCGUGCGCCUGCUGCCAGGCACGCUCAGCCUGCCCGAGGACCUGCAUUUCGUGACGGCGGACGAGAGCUGCAUGCAGGCGCAGGACAUCAGCGCGCGCAACCAGUUCCAGCAGCCCGUCAAAAUUGUGUCGGUGGAGUUCCCGCCGGAGCUGCUACAACAUUUUGAAACCGAGUCGUGGCCAGGACUGUCGCUGGCGGCGGGCGCGGAGGCGGCGGUGGCGCGGCUCAAGCUGAAGCGGCGCGACCCGGACGCCAUCCUGGACUCGCGCGUCCACGUGCUCACUAAUCUAACGCACACCACCUACUCCGUCCGCGUGCUGUUGUACGGAGGACACCUGCACAUUGAGUGGCAGUGGCCGCACGCGCACGCGGCGUCGCUGCCGCUGGGCGCGCUGGCCACGUCGUCCACGCGGCGCGUGCUGGCGCGCGUGCGCAACCCCGCGCCCGCGCCCGUGUGCGCCUCCGCGCACGCCGCGCUGCCCGGCGCCACGCUCGCGCUCAGCGCCGAAGGCGGGUGUGUGCCAGCGUCCGGCUGGGCGUCAGCAGUGCUGACGGUGGUGGCGCCGGCGCGAGCCGGGCCCGUGCGCGGCGCCGUGUGGCUGCAGGCGCGCGGCGCACGCGCAGAGACCGCGGUGACGCUGUCCGCGCAGCCCGGCGCCGUGCGCGCGCGCCUGCUGCACGACUCCGCCGGCGACGAGUGCCAGGCGGCCCCGGUCAGUACACACACACUACAGUGCCGCCAGCAGGCGCGCGGCGCACGCGCAGAGACCGCGGUGACGCUGUCCGCGCAGCCCGGCGCCGUGCGCGCGCGCCUGCUGCACGACUCCGCCGGCGACGAGUGCCAGGCGGCCCCGGUCAGUACACACACACUACAGUGCCGCCAGCAGGCGCGCGGCGCACGCGCAGAGACCGCGGUGACGCUGUCCGCGCAGCCCGGCGCCGUGCGCGCGCGCCUGCUGCACGACUCCGCCGGCGACGAGUGCCAGGCGGCCCCGGUCAGUACACACACACUACAGUGCCGCCAGCAGGCGCGCGGCGCACGCGCAGAGACCGCGGUGACGCUGUCCGCGCAGCCCGGCGCCGUGCGCGCGCGCCUGCUGCACGACUCCGCCGGCGACGAGUGCCAGGCGGCCCCGGUCAGUACACACACACUACAGUGCCGCCAGCAGGCGCGCGGCGCACGCGCAGAGACCGCGGUGACGCUGUCCGCGCAGCCCGGCGCCGUGCGCGCGCGCCUGCUGCACGACUCCGCCGGCGACGAGUGCCAGGCGGCCCCGGUCAGUACACACACACUACAGUGCCGCCAGCAGGCGCGCGGCGCACGCGCAGAGACCGCGGUGACGCUGUCCGCGCAGCCCGGCGCCGUGCGCGCGCGCCUGCUGCACGACUCCGCCGGCGACGAGUGCCAGGCGGCCCCGGUCAGUACACACACACUACAGUGCCGCCAGCAGGCGCGCGGCGCACGCGCAGAGACCGCGGUGACGCUGUCCGCGCAGCCCGGCGCCGUGCGCGCGCGCCUGCUGCACGACUCCGCCGGCGACGAGUGCCAGGCGGCCCCGGUCAGUACACACACACUACAGUGCCGCCAGCAGGCGCGCGGCGCACGCGCAGAGACCGCGGUGACGCUGUCCGCGCAGCCCGGCGCCGUGCGCGCGCGCCUGCUGCACGACUCCGCCGGCGACGAGUGCCAGGCGGCCCCGGUCAGUACACACACACUACAGUGCCGCCAGCAGGCGCGCGGCGCACGCGCAGAGACCGCGGUGACGCUGUCCGCGCAGCCCGGCGCCGUGCGCGCGCGCCUGCUGCACGACUCCGCCGGCGACGAGUGCCAGGCGGCCCCGGUCAGUACACACACACUACAGUGCCGCCAGCAGGCGCGCGGCGCACGCGCAGAGACCGCGGUGACGCUGUCCGCGCAGCCCGGCGCCGUGCGCGCGCGCCUGCUGCACGACUCCGCCGGCGACGAGUGCCAGGCGGCCCCGGUCAGUACACACACACUACAGUGCCGCCAGCAGGCGCGCGGCGCACGCGCAGAGACCGCGGUGACGCUGUCCGCGCAGCCCGGCGCCGUGCGCGCGCGCCUGCUGCACGACUCCGCCGGCGACGAGUGCCAGGCGGCCCCGGUCAGUACACACACACUACAGUGCCGCCAGCAGGCGCGCGGCGCACGCGCAGAGACCGCGGUGACGCUGUCCGCGCAGCCCGGCGCCGUGCGCGCGCGCCUGCUGCACGACUCCGCCGGCGACGAGUGCCAGGCGGCCCCGGUCAGUACACACACACUACAGUGCCGCCAGCAGGCGCGCGGCGCACGCGCAGAGACCGCGGUGACGCUGUCCGCGCAGCCCGGCGCCGUGCGCGCGCGCCUGCUGCACGACUCCGCCGGCGACGAGUGCCAGGCGGCCCCGGUCAGUACACACACACUACAGUGCCGCCAGCAGGCGCGCGGCGCACGCGCAGAGACCGCGGUGACGCUGUCCGCGCAGCCCGGCGCCGUGCGCGCGCGCCUGCUGCACGACUCCGCCGGCGACGAGUGCCAGGCGGCCCCGGUCAGUACACACACACUACAGUGCCGCCAGCAGGCGCGCGGCGCACGCGCAGAGACCGCGGUGACGCUGUCCGCGCAGCCCGGCGCCGUGCGCGCGCGCCUGCUGCACGACUCCGCCGGCGACGAGUGCCAGGCGGCCCCGGUCAGUACACACACACUACAGUGCCGCCAGCAGGCGCGCGGCGCACGCGCAGAGACCGCGGUGACGCUGUCCGCGCAGCCCGGCGCCGUGCGCGCGCGCCUGCUGCACGACUCCGCCGGCGACGAGUGCCAGGCGGCCCCGGUCAGUACACACACACUACAGUGCCGCCAGCAGGCGCGCGGCGCACGCGCAGAGACCGCGGUGACGCUGUCCGCGCAGCCCGGCGCCGUGCGCGCGCGCCUGCUGCACGACUCCGCCGGCGACGAGUGCCAGGCGGCCCCGGUCAGUACACACACACUACAGUGCCGCCAGCAGGCGCGCGGCGCACGCGCAGAGACCGCGGUGACGCUGUCCGCGCAGCCCGGCGCCGUGCGCGCGCGCCUGCUGCACGACUCCGCCGGCGACGAGUGCCAGGCGGCCCCGGUCAGUACACACACACUACAGUGCCGCCAGCAGGCGCGCGGCGCACGCGCAGAGACCGCGGUGACGCUGUCCGCGCAGCCCGGCGCCGUGCGCGCGCGCCUGCUGCACGACUCCGCCGGCGACGAGUGCCAGGCGGCCCCGGUCAGUACACACACACUACAGUGCCGCCAGCAGGCGCGCGGCGCACGCGCAGAGACCGCGGUGACGCUGUCCGCGCAGCCCGGCGCCGUGCGCGCGCGCCUGCUGCACGACUCCGCCGGCGACGAGUGCCAGGCGGCCCCGGUCAGUACACACACACUACAGUGCCGCCAGCAGGCGCGCGGCGCACGCGCAGAGACCGCGGUGACGCUGUCCGCGCAGCCCGGCGCCGUGCGCGCGCGCCUGCUGCACGACUCCGCCGGCGACGAGUGCCAGGCGGCCCCGGUCAGUACACACACACUACAGUGCCGCCAGCAGGCGCGCGGCGCACGCGCAGAGACCGCGGUGACGCUGUCCGCGCAGCCCGGCGCCGUGCGCGCGCGCCUGCUGCACGACUCCGCCGGCGACGAGUGCCAGGCGGCCCCGGUCAGUACACACACACUACAGUGCCGCCAGCAGGCGCGCGGCGCACGCGCAGAGACCGCGGUGACGCUGUCCGCGCAGCCCGGCGCCGUGCGCGCGCGCCUGCUGCACGACUCCGCCGGCGACGAGUGCCAGGCGGCCCCGUGGGCGAGCGGCUGGGCGCCGGCGCUGGUGGUGGAGAGCACGAUGGCGCUCAAGAUGAAGUUGACACUGGUCGAGCCGCAGCCGCCAGACCCCGCGCUCGUGUUCAUUCCACCGGAAGACCCGGAGGCGUGGUGGAUCGGGCCCGGCACCAACACGCUGGGCCGCGUGCACUACCUGCCCGAGCGCGCGUGCGGCGCCGCCUGCUACACCGGCCUGGCUGUAGACCCGGAGACCUGGCCGCAGACCACGCUGGACGAGGACCUGGAGCUGCUGGCCAGGAGGAGGCAGCUGUACGAGGCGGAGCGGCUGCGCGCCGUGAGGAACGUGUCGCUCGCUGUGGACACCACGGAGAGCACGCUGGAGGACCUGGAGCUGCUGGCCAGGAGGCGGCAGCUGUACGAGGCGGAGCGGCUGCGCGCCGUGAGGAACGUGUCGCUCGCUGUGGACACCACGGAGAGCACGCUGGAGGACCUGGAGCUGCUGGCCAGGAGGCGGCAGCUGUACGAGGCGGAGCGGCUGCGCGCCGUGAGGAACGUGUCGCUCGCCGUGGACACCACGGAGAGCACGCUGGAGGACCUGGAGCUGCUGGCCAGGAGGCGGCAGCUGUACGAGGCGGAGCGGCUGCGCGCCGUGAGGAACGUGUCGCUCGCUGUGGACACCACGGAGAGCACGCUGGAGGACCUGGAGCUGCUGGCCAGGAGGCGGCAGCUGUACGAGGCGGAGCGGCUGCGCGCCGUGAGGAACGUGUCGCUCGCUGUGGACACCACGGAGGUGAGUGGCGGUGCCGUGUGUGCCGCCUGCUGCACCGGCCUGGCCGCAGAGCACGCUGGAGGACCUGGAGCUGCUGGCCAGGAGGCGGCAGCUGUACGAGGCGGAGCGGCUGCGCGCCUGGCGGUGCCGUGUGUGCCGCCUGCUGCACCGGCCUGGCCGCAGAGCACGCUGGAGGACCUGGAGCUGCUGGCCAGGAGGCGGCAGCUGUACGAGGCGGAGCGGCUGCGCGCCGUGAGGAACGUGUCGCUCGCUGUGGACACCACGGAGGUGAGUGGCGGUGCCGUGUGUGCCGCCUGCUGCACCGGCCUGGCCGCAGAGCACGCUGGAGGACCUGGAGCUGCUGGCCAGGAGGCGGCAGCUGUACGAGGCGGAGCGGCUGCGCGCCGUGAGGAACGUGUCGCUCGCUGUGGACACCACGGAGAUGGUCCGCAUCCCGGUGUCGGGCUGGGUGGCGGUGGGCUGGCCGCGGCUGGUGGCGGCGCCGGGCGCCGGCUGGGCGGGGCUGGCGGGCGCGGGCGCGGGCGCGGCGCGCUGGCUGCGCCUGCGCAACCCCUCCGCGCACCCGCUCGCGCUGCAGCUGCAGAUACACGGCGACUCCAGGACGCUGCACCAGGAUAUACUAUCGGAGACGGAGGAGUGCGCGCACGCACAGUGCUCGUUCGUGCCGGGCGUGUUCGCGGCGUCGGAGUGGCGCGCCGUGCGCGGCGGCGCGGCGCCGCUGCGGGCCGGCGGCGGGGACGGCGCGGCGCCGCUGCGGGCCGGCGGCGGGGACGCCUCCACGCUGCGCUGCCCGCGCUGCUGCUCGCCCCGCGGGCCGAGGUCGAGGUCAAGAUCGACUUCCUGCCGCCCGAGGCUGACCUGUACGGCGCGGUGCUGUUCCUUAGGAAUAACCUGACGAUCGUGGAGGCGGUGCAGCUGGGCGGGCGCGGCGCCGUGCCGCGCUUCGAGCUGGGCGGCCGCCGCGCGCACGCGCACGCGCACGCGCCCAUACUGCUGCAGAUUCCGGAUUGCGAGGAGGGCCAAGACUGCGAGAGCGUCGCGGCCAACUCGGAGGAGUCCCGCUGGGAGGUGCGGCGCACGCUGCUGGCGCGCAACACCGGCGCCGUGGCGCUGCGCCUGCGCGCCUGGCGCCUCGCCGGCGAGCCCUGCGCCGCGCGCGGCUUCCGCCUCGAGCCCUGCGCGCCGCUCACGCUGCAACCCAACGAGACCAGAGCGUUGACGCUGUCCUUUCAAACCGAUUGCUCUCUCGCGAGAGUCCCCUGUCCUCUGACCCUGCGCUCCGACUCCGGCCCGGCGGCGUUUAGACUGUUAGGAGCGGUUCCGGCUAAACUAUUACCGAUAUGCGCGCGGCGGCAGCCCCGGCCGGCGUGGGAGCCGGCGCUGCGCGCGUCCGGCGCGCUGCUCGCCGUCGUCGCGCUGGCGCUGGUCCUCGCCGCCGCCGCGCUCGACGCGGAGCGACUCCUGCGCCGCGCGAGAGACGCGAGGCAGACUCCGGCGCCCCGCGCGCCGCUAGACUUGCGCGCGCUGGCGCGGGAGCAGCCCGCGGUGCCUCCGCCCCCGGCCGCGCCGAGGCGGCGCAGACCGCGCCGGCCGCAGCCGCCGCUCGACCCGGCGGCCGAACGCAGGGCUUUCGAACACUGGCGCGCCGAAAUGCUCCGACGCGACGCGCCGCGGGCCGAGGACUCGUCGUCGCGGUCGAGCUCGGACGCCGACGCGGCCGCCGCGGAGCCGGAGCCGGAGCCGGAGCGGGAGGCGGAGCCGUCGGACACGGAGGAGACGCGGUCGGGCGCGCGCACGCCCACGGACUCGGAGCCGGCGUCGGGCACGGACUCCUCCUCGCCGCCCGACGACGCGGACGAGCGCCCGCCGCCGCCCGCGCCCGCCGCGCCGCCGCCGCCGCCCGUGCGCGUGCGCCGCGACCCCGCCCCCGCCACCUCCUCCACCCCCACCACCGCCGAGCCCGCACGCCGCGCCGACCCGCCCGCCAGGCCGCGCGCCGCGCCCGGGAAACAUCACACUCGGAAAGACAAGUUGUCGAAGCGGCGCAGCGAGCGUCCCGCGGCGACGGCGCGCGUGUCCCCGCCGCAGUGCGAGUCCCGGGCCUGCGCCGCGGUCGGCAGCGGGGGCGGGAGCGGUGGCGGUGGCGGGGGCGGGAGCGGGAGCGGGAGCGGCGCGAGCGCGGCGACGACGCCGGCGCUGCGCUGGGGCGCGUCGUGGUCCAGCGUGGUGGCGGCCGGCGCGCUGCCGCCCAUCGGCGACCCCGUGCGCAGAUCUCCCCCCGCGCCGCUGCCGGCGCCGGACCAGUCGUUGUUCUACUACAACGACGCGCACGCGCUGCGCGCGCAGCAGCCGCCGCCGCCACGCGCCGACGCCGACUACACGCCUCCCCCCACCGUCGCCCCCCCCGCCGCCGCCUGGCGCGCGCACGACCGCUCGCCCUUCCUGCCCGACCCGCCCGCGCAGAGGGACUACCUCGUUUCAGAGGACGGGCACAUGCUGAACGGGUCGCACUCGCACUCGCAGGCGCAGGCGCAGGCGCACGCGCACGCGUACGGCACGAUCGGGUCGCCGUCGCCGUGGAGCUCGCCGUGGGCGGCGCGCACGCUGCGGCCGCCGCCCGGGUUCGCGCCGCGCGCGGGUGCCGCGGCUGUGGCGCCCCCCACACCCGCCCCCGCACCCCCCCCGGUGCGCGCCUUCGACCCCUUCCACUCGCUGGCCUCCAUCUGGGCGCCGGCCGCCUUCGACUGGCGCGCCGACCCCCCGCCCCGCAACCACAACUAAUGUCGCCGCACCCGCACCCUACACUCGCCGAACGGUUCUACCUCUACAUUUAUAUCUUGACCGAGUACAUCGAUCUUUUUUUUCAUCUGUCUAUUAUUGCGCCGAUUGAAAAUUGUAUUAUUUUGCUUACGAUUA